CUUCUCUUCUGCCACAUUCCUCUCUCUCUCCAAGUAUUAUUACCAUUCAUUCUCAUCAACCUCCUUCUCUCUCUAAGAUUUCAUUUCUCUCUCGUGUCUGAUCUUGGAGCCGGAUUCUGCAAUCUUUGAUGUCGUCUCAGGAGAAAGGUCGGGCGUUGCCGAAAUUCGGGGAGUGGGACGUGAACAACCCUGCCUCGGCCGACGGGUUUACGGUGAUAUUCGCCAAGGCUAGGGAUGAAAAGAAAGCCAAGGCCACGGAGAUGAUACCUACUCCGCCACCCGUGCACGACGAAGCCUCUCCUCCCUCCCAUCCAUUCGAUGACAACCAACCCCGCAAGAAAAAGUGGCUUUGCUGUUUCUAAGGACUGAUCAUUCAAGAAGCUACAUAUACACGAAGUAGGAAACGACGUCGUUGAGAGUAGUUGGAAGUGGGCACUGGCAGUUCUCGGCUCCGGAAUUGGGACUAGUGUUGUCUUUUUUAAUUUAUAGCCGCCUCGCGUAUGUAUGUUCCAUAUAAGUCGUUGAGAAUGUGUUGACGAGGGAUUUUUCAACUAGAAUCGGAUUUGGUCUUUUUGUUUCGACAACAUUUGGUAGAACGACGAUAGCAAGAUCCAUCACUGUCCACAUGCGACCUCUAUAGAAUUACGGACAUUCAACUA